AUGGGAGAAGUAUCUCUCAACAAUGGCAACGCCAAGUACGAGCGUAUUCCGUUUGGAAGUGAGAUGCUGAAACAAUUUCUCUUCGAUCCCGCCUACAAGAACCUCAACCAUGGCUCAUUUGGCGCCUUUCCUCGUGUGAUCAGAGACGCUCAACGAGUGUUUCAAGACGAGUGUGAAUCAUCCCCAGAUGAAUUCAUCUUCUACAAAUAUCCCAAGUUCCUGGAUGAAUCCCGUGCUGCGGCCGCCAAGCUCCUGGAUGUCCCGGUCGAUACUGUUGUUUUUGUAUCCAAUGCCACUCUCGGCGUCAACACAGUCCUUCGGAAUAUUCAGUGGCAUGAAGAUGGCCGGGACGAGGUUAUCUAUUUCAGUACGAUCUAUGGAGCGUGUGGCAAAACCGUCACCUACCUCUGUGAAUCCACCCGCAACCUAGUGCAAGCACGAACCGUUACCUUAAACUACCCGCUAUCGGAUGCCUCCGUCCUUGAGGGGUUCAAAAAAGCCAUUACCGCCUCCCGGGCAGACCGAAAGGUCCCACGUCUCGCAAUCUUCGACACUAUCUCUUCUGUCCCUGGUAUCCGCAUGCCAUUCGAGGGCCUCGUAAAAAUCUGCGCUGAAGAAGGCAUCCUCUCCCUCGUGGACGCCGCUCAUGGCAUAGGCCAGAUCCCACUCUCGCUCUCGACCCUGCAACCUGAUUUCUUCGUCACUAAUUUGCAUAAAUGGCUUUUUGUGCCUCGAGGCUGCGCACUGCUCUACGUGCCUUUUAAAAACCAAGCUUUGAUGCGCUCUAGCCUGCCUACAUCUCACUCAUUCACACCUCUGGUGAAAGGUCCCAGGUCGCUGAAUGGCUUCCCACCUAAUACCAAGACCGGGUUUGUGAAUAAUUUCGAGUUUGUCGGCACGAUCGACAAUUCCAAUUACCUGGUUGCGGCAGAGGCUAUCAAAUGGCGCCAAGAGGCGUGUGGUGGCGAAGAAGCUAUUCACGAUUAUUGCACAAAGCUCGUGAAGGAAGGUGGAAAACUUGUUGCGGAUAUCCUUGGUACUAAGAUCUUGGAUUAUGAGGAACAUGGUUUGACUGAUUGCUUCAUGAUCAACGUUCUUCUUCCUCUAGCCCUGACACCUACCUCCGCAGCUGUUCCUGACGCGGAUAAGCCAGCUGCUCAUUUCCAUACUGUGAAGGAGGAGCAUAGUUUUCUUGUUAGGCACUGGGCGCACCGGACUCUUGUUGAUGAUUAUAAGACAUAUAUCUUUCUUUACUUUUCUCGGGGCCAGUGGUGGGCAAGGUUGAGUGCCCAGGUUUAUUUGGAGAUGAGUGAUUUUGAGUGGGCGGGCCGGACGCUGAAGGAAAUUUGUGAGAGAGUUGGGAAAGAAGAGUUUUUGGUCUCGAGUUUAGAUAAGGAGGUUGAGGCGUUGGAGAAGGGAGUGGAAGGUGUGGGUUUGGCGGAGGCUUAG